UCUCGUCAAUAUGGCGGCUCUAGGCACCUCCUCGACCUCUCCGCUCAACCUGUCUCCCACAUCCAUGUCCCCGCCAGGACCUCCGCCGACCCCGCCCCCGACCUCGAACGCACUCUCGAAGUCGCCCCUGGAGUCGAAGGAGAGCUCCCCGAGCCCAGUGCCUCGCUCCGCGUGCCUCGAGAACUCAUUGCCCCUCGCCGUGUUUUAUGGGCCACUGGACGCUAAAAACCCGCUCCUGGCCUCCUGCGAGAGGGAAAUUCGGGAAUUACUAGGCUUUAUGAGGAGAAAGAAGGCGUUAGCGAUAACGGAGGAACAGAAGCAUGAAUUCCACCGUCUCUGCUGUGUUCACACUUUAUUACAGGAAGCGUAUUCUUUAAUUGAGAAGACUGAAGCAGAACAAAAUACCCUAUAUUCAUAUCAAAAAUAUGUGGAAAGUUCAAAAAGAAAGAAAAGCAGAAUCCCUCCCCCACCUAUCCUGCUCUCCCGAACUUACUGUUCUGUGACAUUGAAACCUGCUCCAUUUAUUUCAGAUGUUAAGGUCUCUUGGUACUGCAUUUUGGGUUGCAAAGCAGAAGGGAGCUAUGAAAAAGUAAGGCUAAACAAUAAUCAUCUCCCAAACUCAGGAGAAGCGAUACCAGCUGAUGGUAAAAGCAUUUUUGAAAUGAAAGGUUUAGAAACCAAUGAAAAAUAUGUCUUUGCAAUUGCUGCUUAUUCUUCUAAUGGGAAGCUUAUUGGUAACGCUAUUGGGGAGACAACGAAACCAAUUCUGGUUUAUCCACCUCUUUCUGCUGUUACUGCUCGGAUGUUCUUGACGCAGGUUGCCUAUCAGGUUGGUAACUAUGAGUUGGCUAAGAAGGCUUUCUCUCCAGUUUGGGAUUAUUUUGUUGCUUCACCACAUCACGAUGAACAAUCUGUUAUUUGUUUAAGCAAUAUAAUGACUAUUACACAGAGAAGAUUACAUUCAGAUAUUUUGGCAGAGACUUCUUCAAUCCUCUUGUACCUUUUUCUUAGAAAUAUUUUUGUAACAAGUGACAUUAAAAGCAAAGAAGAAAAUCUUUUCUGUGAUAGUAUUAAAGCCAAUGAGCUUUUCCCCUCUCAACAAAUUACUAGACUAAUUGAAUGUGAGAGAGUAUUAGUGGCAUUGGAACUUAGCAACUACCUAAAUGAUUCCAGUUAUGCCCUUCAAGCUGUGACUCAGUGUUAUGGCCUUCUUGCUCCUAUAAUCUACCACAAUAUUGUUUUGGUACCUGUCAUACAGAUCUUGAUAAAGUGUGUAGUGGCUUUGCAAGGAUUACCAAAUAUCAUCCAUUCAAAGAAACAUAUUGCAAGUUUUGAAAGUGUACAGCACAUGAUAGCUUGUUGUGUCUUCUACAUAACAAAGAUUCUGCGUUCAUGGAAAGAAUAUGACCUUGCAGUAAUGAUUAUAAAUUAUGGAAAAAAGAUGUUGGACAUCACAUCAGGGUGCAGAUCUCUAUUUGGUGUGUCUGACCAAGAAGAAAUACAAGAGGAGGGUUCUUCCAAGAAGUCUUCCAAGCCUAAGAAGCCACAGCAGAUAUUAUUACCUGAAAAAAUAAAUGAACAGCUGACCUUGUUGGAGACACACCUACUCAAACUGACAAAGCAAUAUGUUACAACUGAACUGUCAGGAGCCGAGGACCCUAUAUUUCUUUACCCUAUUGUUUUAAACUGGUCAGUCAAAGGUGCUGUGAAAGAAGUUAUGAAAUUUAAGCAGAGACCUAGAUUCCUAGAAUUCUUUACUCAAGUUAUGCUAAAAUGUAUGAAUGAUGAAAAAUUUCAUCUUAUGGUGGAGAUAACAAAUCCUGUUUGUGACUUCUUGAAAAGGAGGAAUGAGUCCCUACUUAGAAUAAGAAAAAUGAAAUAUAAGGAUAAUGUUUUGUGCAAAAAGACAACCAAACCUUUGAAGAAGUUCAAAACUGCAGUAAUGGAGAUUGGAAGAACUGCGGAACUGUUGCCAAGAAAAAGAAGUAAAAGAAAGGAAACUCUAAGAGAAUUUUUUUCCAAAAAUCCAUCUAUUUCUGAAAUGGUGGAACAUGAAAGGAAUAAGAGAACUGAUGUUAGGAAACUUGCCUUUCGAUGCCUGGUGGAUAACUUGAAUCCUAUAAUAUUAAAUUUUGUGAAAAGGAAGAGGUUCCAUCAAAUAUUUCUUGAGGAGAUGCCCUGGAGAGCCCAGAUGAACCUCUAUCUGGCAAGUGCACACUUCAACCUGCUUUUAACGAAGCUAGGGGAUCAUAUGAAGAUGAAAUUUGGCCCUUCACAUCCAGUGGUCAGUUUCCGAUCAUGUGAUCCUAAUAUGUUCUCACUGUAUAAUUCAGGAGCAGUAUUACCAACAGCGAAAUUGACUCUAGAAAACUAUAAAGUGAUACUUGAUUUCCUUCAUACAGCUAAAAAGAGAAAGGCCAAUUUACCAUCAGAUGCUGAAGAAUUUUCCACAUUUAUUAAUUCCCGAAUGAGUGAUGAAAAUGUAUCCAAGACACAAACAGUUUAUGACUCAGACUCUCAGUCAGGUCUUAGUACUAAAGAAAAGGAUCGAGCAGCAAAUUUGGGUCUAUUGGAUCAUUUUAUGAAAAUCUUUUUAUAUUGCAGGAGAGCAAUGGUUCUUGCUCAUCGUGGUGGCUAUUGGACUCUGCUUCAGAACUGCUGUCGGGCCCUUUGGAAUUUUACUCAGGAGCUACAGAUACUUCUUAAACAAGCCGUGGAUAUGUAUAAAACAUUUCCUAUUAGCCAGGAUGGAUUCCUCUGUACCUGUGUUUUGCCAUUCUAUUUGGGAGCAGAAUUACUUAUUGACAUGUUAAUAGAACUACAAAAUAUCAAUUCUAUUAAGGUUAUUGAAGAAAAAGGGGAGUUCAGUGUUCCAAGCUGCUAUGGAAAUAUUAAAAAUGAUAAUGGUGGUUCUAGCCUUGAUUUUGAGCAUACUUUAGAUGACGUAAAUGUGGUUGAUUUGAAAUGGAUCCAUAACUUUGUGUUGAAAUCUCUGGAACUUUUAUAUCAAGUGGAAAAAUGGGAAACACUGGUAUCACUUGCUAUCCAAUUCAAUGCAAUUUCACAUGAGAGAUACACAGAGCAAGUGACACCACUCCUGGUAUAUGCACAGCGUCAGCUUCUUCUAAGAAUAUCCAAGUUCAAUGGCCCAGAUAUUACCCAACAACCUUGUGCAAGAUAUGAGGCUGAAUACAAAGAGAAAAUAACCUGCCGAAAUUUCAUUGGGAAGCAGCUCAAGAUUAACCCUUCAACCAGUGAAGUGACAGAUACAGAAAACUGCACAGAUGUCCUAAAAAAGUUUAUCUAUUCAGAAUAUAGUCACGCCAAAGAGCUCGUCUGUGUGCCUGUGGAUGUGACGGAUACUUUGAGAUGUUUUAGAGAGACCCUGGAAAAAUCCAGAUAUCAUAACAGAUCAAUCCGACACAGCAGAAAAUUGCUUUCAUUAUUCCUUGCCCAGACACAAGGAGAUAAAGGAGGAAUAAACAAUUUGAAAUUUAGUACUGGAAAGGUGGAAUUUCGCCUGGGGACAGAAGAGAUGCAUAUGCCAACACCCCCCAGUCUCUCUCAGGAACACUUCAGAGUUUUCAGUUCAGUGGAGAAAAGUAAACUUCCCCAUUCACAACUGGGGCUCGUAAUUUCCUCUUAUUAUGAAACUAUUGAUGUUCUCCAAGUCAGCCAUCAAAGAAGUCUUAAAGUUCAGGCAUUGCAUGAACUCGGAAGCCUUCUCGUCUUUGCCGAAAAGAAAAGGGCUGCUUUUAGAUGUUGGUGUCAAGCUCUUGAUGACAUAUUCAAAAAAGAAGAUGUGCUGUAUACGUGGAAAGAGUUUGGUACCUCACUCACCAAUGCCACCAACAGCUCACCUCCAGGUUCCAAAGAUUAUAGUGAGGAGUUUCUGUCAAAAGUUGGCGUUUGGGGAUGUUUGCAAGGAGCGGUCAUAGCAGCCAAGAUAGCACAAUUUAUUAUGAUCUCGGAGGUUGACAAGAGAACCAACUGUUGCAUUUUGUCUGCAUUACUCUUUCAGGGUUUGCUUAGAACCACACUUCCACACCCCAAAGCUGAACAUUGCUAUGCUCAGUAUGAAAUCACUCAGCUUCUCCCAGGCAUCGAGCUCUUCUCAGACAGAUACAGGGCUGACAUUUGCUCUGUAGUUGCAAGUCUAUAUUACAUUAUACGUGAACUGCACUAUGCUAAGCAAAAUCUAACAGUUCUGCCUCUCCUUGCAUUGUACCAAUAUUUUGUUUCUGGAAUUUGCCAAGAUCUGGUCAGAAAUCUAGAAGCAAGGAUCCUCAAGAUACAAGUCCUUACAGAUUUAGGAUUUUUUUCUGAAGCCUUUUAUGAGAUAUCCCAGCUAUUUUAUGGAAAAAACAUGCCUUCCUCGAUACCCUCUGGCUGUAAGGCUCCUGGAAAAGUGAAGAUGUUUCAAUCAUUUGACUCAGGAAAACCUCUUACCAGUAAAGAAAAUAUGCAGGCACUUGAUGAAUUAAUAAGUAAAGGAUUGCCUCUAAUUCUAGCUACAGUUGGCCAACAACAUCUCUUAAAUAAGUUUUCUUUUGUGAAAGCAUACUUUUUAAUAAGUGUGGCUGCAACAAUAAAUUGUGUCCCAGAUAAUUCAAUGAAAACAAUCUACCAUGGACUUACUUCUGAGAAGAGUAGAGUAAACCUUCCAAACUUGAAAGAGCUGUGUUUAAAGGAUGACGGAAUCUUAAUUGGUCAGUUUGCAAAAAUGAAAGAUGACUUCACUUUAAGCACAGUGAAGUCAAUUUUACUGACAGAAGCUGAGGACAGGCUAAACCUCCUUGUGUCAGAGAUGGAGCAUCCAGACCACAGGAGCCUCUCUCAGUGUUCUGCUGGCGAGCUGGAGAUUGUGGUGGAGGCCAGGCUGCAGCUGGCUGCGAUCGCCCUGCAGAGACACCGGGCAGCAUACAGUGCUGCAGUAGUAUUUUCUACGCUGAGACUUCUCCAGGAUUCAAAACUUUUUAAAAAGAAGGGAGUGCAAGAUGACACAGAGAAUUCCAUCUCUCCAGGAGCUUCUGCUACUGAAAAUAAAGAUGAUAAUGAGUUUUUAGACCCUGUUUCCCUGAAUUCUCGAGAAUAUUUCAACAUUCAUCUCUGGUUGAGGUGCCGCUUAGCACUGGUGACUGCAUUUGUUGCACAGAUUCAUGGCAUUGGAAUCGUGACAGAAAAUGAUAUGAUCGAUUACGUCAGCCUCAUCAAUGAAGUGUGCGAGGAGGCACAAAGUGCAGGCGACAGAGAGCUACAGGCUGAGUUCUUGAUGCAAGCUGUAAUCAUUGGCCUACAAGAAAAGCAUCUAAAGGCAGACAUCAUAACCAACCUUCAGGCGAUAAUACAUUUGCUUGAAGAAAGAGAAUUUAUUUCUCCUCGAUCUCAUUUAACUCUGGUGAGAAGCAUGCUUUUGCUGGAUGAUUUAACAAAAGCCGAGAAAUUCAAGGAAACUCCUUUAAAAACAGAAAAAUUACAUUUGUUGAUUCAGUCUCACAACAUUCUUAUUGAACAGAUGCUAACUUUUGGAGAAACAAUUGAAUUUCCUUUAUCAAACACUGACUAUGCAAGUCCAUUACAGCCUUUGAAAAAUAUCUAUCUUCCUCAUGUCAUGUUAUUGGCCAAAACAAAAAUGAGAAUUGGACACACAGUGGCCAAACAAGUAUACCAGACCAGUAAAAAGAAGGAUCCCUCGAAGUGGUUGCCUGCCCUUCAUCUUUUUGAAAUAGCACUGAAACUCUGUCAGGUAUCAGCAGUGGAAGAACCUGAGGUGGAAGCUGAAAUUCUUUUUCAGAAAGGCAAAAUAGAACGUCAAAUAUUGAUGGAAGAGAAAUCUCCAAGUUCACAACUUGAGAGUUUAUUUGAAGCUAUACAGCUAAGCUUGAGAAAUGAUCAAAACUCAGGGUUGAUAAGAGAUGCCUACUUAGAAAUGGCCCUAUUAUUUUUACAUAUGAGAAAGCCAAAAAACAAACUUUCAACAUCACCAUUAACAUUUAAGGCUUCUACCAGAAGGCAUAGUUCUAUUAAAGAACCAAUAGUAAAUAAAUUUGAAAUGUACAGUUCACUGGCCUGGAUUGUAAUAAGAGCUGCUGCCCAGGUCAGUGAAGCUGUGUUGGAAAUUAAUCUACUUAUUGGAAAGAAGAAUGCUAGAACUGAUAAAGUUAGCCAAGGGGCAUUACCAAAUAUCCCAGAAUUUGCCACUGUGGAUCUUCUGUCUUCAUACACAGAUUAUUUGCUUGAUAACUACCAAGUGGUCUUCUCGACUGCCUAUACAUGCUCUUAUCAAAGUGAUGAUGUGUGCCACGACACAGAUGCUAGAAAAGAACCUCAGACUAAAAUGGAUAUUACAUGGAUUCUUCUACUGCGCUACUAUAUUCAUCUGCAAAGGAUUAAUAAUAUGAGCAAACUGCUAGCAUCUUCAAAGCCAGGAUCUGGAAUUUCAUUGCCAGAUGAUACACUUCUCACAUCCCUUUUCAACUCUGGGCUUAUUUUGCGCCAAAAGGAAAUGCAUUUUUUCCUUAAAAGAUUUUUACAGCUGUAUUCUUCCUCUUGUAUUGAUGAAUUUCCAAAAGAACUGUGUCAAGGAUUGGAAAAUACACUGUUUUCAGAAAAAAUCUCCCAUGACUCAGUCAAGUUAUGUCAUGACAGUUCUCUACACUCCGAUUUAUCAUUAAAUAAGCUCCCUGCCAGCCCAUCUCCUGGAGAUGUGUCAUCAGAUAUGAAGAUACAAGAUUUAAACAAAGAACUCUGCUUUCAGUGGUACAUUCCUCCUUUAGAAAGACCUCCAAAGGACACAGAACCUAUGGUUUUAUUGUUGUAUGCAUAUAACAUGAAGCCCCAGAAUAUUUCAGAUGCUGUACCUAAUAGCACUUAUUGCAAUAUCUGUAUUGGCUCUCUCUGGGUUCCACUGGACAGAGUUAUUUUAAUUCAUGAGAAGCUAUCUAAUCUUAAGCAAAUAGCUGAAAUAUCAUUGCCAACAACUCCUGAAAUCGCUUCAGAUGAAAGUGUAUCUGAAAUGCAAGAAAUGGAAGAGAAAUCAAUUGAUAAGGAAAUGGAAAACAUGAUUAUUGAAUGUUGCUCUGAAAUAAGAAAUCUGUUUUUAACCGAUGGAGAUGUAAUACCAUUGUCUGAGGUCCCAUUUGAUAUCUCGCUGCCAUCUAUAUUCAAUCUUGAGAGACUUUUUGAUCUUGCUAAUGGUUGUAUCGCAUCUGGAGGAAGCCUUUUCAACUGGAUAGUGUCGAUUAUUCCCUAAACGUUCUUUACAUGUUAACUAACCUUAUAAAGGAUUUAGUGGAUGCUGGUUUUCUUGGUUUGAAUACAUUUUUGGAACUGUCUUCUCAUAACAAGCAAAAUAAAAUUGUUUCUUACAUAAGCUAAAUUUCCUCAAACAUUGUAAUAUUGAGUGAUGUCUUAAAUUGCAUGAAUUAAAUGACGAUGCUGUUGCUUAUUAAAACCGUCUUACAGAACUAUUCAUAGAAAAUAUGUGUGCCCAUAGAACAAGACUGGAUUACAACAGUGGGGACAGGAGGCAAUGUCUGAAGACACCUUGAUAGCUGUAACUGGGAGGACGGUACUAGUGGCCUGCAGUGGGUGGAAGCCAGGCAAGCUGCUGCCUGCCCUAAAAUGCCCAGGAGGGCCCCCCACAACCUGGCCCAGAAUGUCAAUAGGGCCAAAGAUGAGAAAUUCUGGAUUAAGCCUCAGCAUGUGGUCAGCUGGAAGUUUUUCUAUGUGGCUUGGAAAGAAAUAUGUAGCUAAUUACGACCUUUCAUAUUUUAUGUCACUGCAUAAAAUUUUAGAGCAUGGACUAUGGAAUUAUAUAGACCUGAGUUUGAACAGUAACUUCACCACUUCAGAGUUGUGCAACUUUAGGAAAGUAAUAAAUUCUUCAAGCCUUCAUUUUCUUACCUGUAGAAUGGGGCUAUUAAUAGGAUUGCUGUGUGAAUUAAAUCGAAAUGAUGUAAUAAGGUGCUUAGCACAACACGUGAGGUGGUAACAGUCAUUGUGCUAGGAGUUAGCAUUUCCCUGCCAAGCUGGAAGAGAAUCAUGCAUUUCUGGUCCAUUUUAUUUAGCCUGUACCUAAAUGCUUCCUACAUACUGGCCCAUGAAUUGUUAAGGUAAAAUGAGAAAAAAAAAUAAGGAUAACAUUAAUGUUUUUUUCUUU